AUGUCGAACAAGAAAGAAGACUACGACCUGCGCGGCGCCGACGCCGUUGAGAAGGACCCCUUCCUGGGUCGUAGGCCGGCUGCUCGCCGUCCGCAGCCCACGCCGUGGCAGGUCUGGCUGGACAAGAUUGAUCACAGUCCGGGUGCCUCGAUCCUGGCCUACUGCCUUUCGUCUAUCAGUAUGACGGUCGUCAACAAAUACGUCGUGUCGGGGUCUUAUUGGAACCUCAACUUUUUCUACCUCGCUGUUCAGUCUCUCGUCUGCACAUUGACCAUCCUCGUUUUCAAGCACGCCGGUCUCUUCAAGAACCUUGCGCCUUUUGAUCCGGUCAAGGCGAAGAAGUGGUUCCCUAUCUCGCUGCUCCUCGUUGGCAUGAUCUACACUGGCGCCAAGGCGCUGCAAUACCUCUCUGUUCCCGUCUACACCAUCUUCAAGAACCUGACCAUCAUCGUGAUCGCCUACGGCGAAGUUCUCUGGUUCGGCGGCAGCGUCACUCCCUUGACCCUUCUCUCGUUCGGUUUGAUGGUGCUCAGCUCCGUCAUUGCUGCCUGGGCUGAUAUUCAGGCCGCUCUUGAUGGCAUGCACUCUCUCGAUACCUCGAGCGCCCUGUCGGCUCUCAAUGCCGGCUACGCGUGGAUGGGCAUGAACGUUGUGUGCACUUCGUCGUAUGUUCUCGGCAUGCGCAAGGUCAUUAAGAAGAUGAACUUUAAGGACUAUGACACCAUGUUCUACAACAAUCUGCUCACCAUCCCCGUCCUGAUCGUCUGCUCGCUGCUCGUCGAGGACUGGUCGGCCGAGAACCUGGCGCGCAACUUCCCUGAGGAGACGCGUAACAAGCUGAUGAUUGGCAUGAUAUACUCCGGUCUGGCCGCCAUCUUUAUCUCGUACUGCUCGGCCUGGUGCAUCCGCGUCACCUCGUCUACCACCUAUUCCAUGGUCGGCGCUCUCAACAAGCUGCCCAUCGCCAUCUCUGGCCUCAUCUUCUUCGAUGCUCCCAUCACCUUCGGCAGUGUCACUGCCAUCAUUGUUGGCUUUAUCUCGGGUCUGGUCUUCACCUGGGCCAAGGUCCGCCAAAAGGCCCAGGAGGCGGUUGGCCUACCUAAGCCUGUUACCAUGAGCGCCAGCUCAGCGAGCAAUCGAGACGCCAACUCGUCAUAA